AUGGCCAACGUGGAGGACGGCGAGGAGCCCUGCACCCUGUCCUCGCACUCCGGGAGCGCAGGCUCCAAGUCAGGGGCCGACAAAAUGUUCUGGCUCAAGAAGUGGAACGCGGUGGCCAUGUGGAGGUGGGACGUGGAGUGCGAUACCUGCGCCAUCUGCAGGGUGCAGGUGAUGGUUCUCAUGGGAGAAUGUAAUCAUUCUUUCCACAACUGCUGCAUGUCCUUGUGGGUGAAACAGAACAACCGCUGUCCCCUCUGCCAGCAGGAUUGGGUGGUCCAAAGAAUUGGCAAAUGAGUGGCAGUAGAAGGCGGUCCUGGUGUGGUGGAUCUCGGCCCUCCUAGGUGUUGCUGUCAAGUGCCCCGCAAUGCUAGAAGACUCUAGGGGCUUGUUCUUCAAAGAGAAAGUAAUGGAUCUGUGGUUCCCUGGACUCAUCAGAGGCAUGGUUUAGCAUUUUCUCAGCUUAAUUUUCAGAAAUUCUAUACUCAAGAUCAUUUAUGAAAGAUGGUCUUUCCUACCUCUGUUGUGUGUGUUAUACACACUGGUUAGAGAACUCUAACAAAUUGGACAACCUUUAUCACUUACCUGUUGGUAUGCUAGGGGCUGUAAGAGCAGUUGCAUUCACAGAGGAACAUUUGCAUGCUUUUGCUUGAUUUAAAAAAAAAAAAGAAUAUUACAGUGACAAAUAAAGAACAGUUUAAUACCCAACUCUUACCAUCAGUUUGUUCCUGAUAAUAUGUUGGGUAUUGGGUAACCUAUAGCCUCUUCAUUUGAUUUAAAUGGGAGUUUAAUUUUGAACUGGUGAAUGUGGUAAAUAAAAUGUAACUUUCAGGAAAAUGGGA